AUGAAACCUCGUUGGAAUCCCCAAUUGAGGUGUCCUAGAGUCCUGAAGCGAUGGGUUUCUGAUGUACGAUUACCCACUAUUUACGCAUUAUCCACAAAGCAGGGGCGAUCUGCCAUUGCCGUAAUACGAAUAUCCGGUCCGAGUACAUUGGAUGUAUUCAAGAGGUUAUCUCGUAUAGAUGACGAUAAGAGGUUACAAAGACAUAGGCUAGCCAGUGUGAGAAAGCUUUACGAUCCAAAAUCGGGGGUUCUAUUGGAUGAAGCCCUAUCGUUGUUUUUUAAGGGCCCCAACUCAUAUACCGGAGAGGAUGUUUUGGAGCUCCACGUCCAUGGAGGAAAUGCCGUGGUCAAGUGUGUUCUUAAUGCCAUCAAAUAUUUGCAUGAAUCUGCUGCUCCAAUAAGAUAUGCAGACCCAGGAGAGUUUUCUAGAAGGGGGUUUCAAAAUGGAAAGUUUGACUUGACUGAGGUUGAAGGUGUACGUGACAUGAUCGAUGCUGAAACAGAAUUUCAGAGAGUUUCAGCAUUAACUUCGUUGAAGGGGGAGACGAGACAUCUAUUUCACCGCUGGAGAACAGAAAUUGUGAAGAAUGUAGCUCUUUUAACUACGGUAAUCGAUUUUGGUGAAGACCAUGAUAUUGAAGAGGUAAAUGAACUGUUUGGCAGAGUAGCAAAAAAUAUCGAUUUACUGGAAGCGGAGAUCAAAAAUUACUUGGAAAAGGUAAAACGAUCUGAAAUAUUAAUGAAGGGGAUCAAAUUAUCAUUGAUUGGCCCGCCAAAUGCUGGGAAGUCGUCAUUGUUGAAUGUUCUUUCAGACUCAGAUUCAGUGAUCGUGAGUGACAUACCGGGAACCACCCGAGACAGUAUAGAUAUACCCUUGGAUGUUGGUGGGUAUAAAGUUGUUAUUGGUGAUACUGCAGGCAUUAGAUCUUUUGAAGAUGCAGAUAUUAUCGAAAAGGAAGGGAUCAAAAGAGCAACGACCAAAUCGUUAAACAGCGACGUUGCCGUUAUCAUCUUACCUGUAGACUUGAGGGAGAUCAAUAGUGAUCUAAUCAAACACAUUGAAAAUUUGAAAAGCUCGACGUCCAGUUGUUCAGAAAACAUACUAGUUGCUUUAAACAAAUCCGAUUUACUAGAGGACCCGAAUCAGCAUUCCCAAAUCAUUAAACAGUUUUCCGAGGCGCUGAAAUUACCUGAAUCAACUUUUUGUUUGAUAUCAUGUGCUAACAGAGAUGGAAUUGACUCGUUGAUGGGCACAUUAAUUGAAAGAUUCAAAAUUAUCACGUUAACGACCAAUUCCGAUCCAAUAAGUAUUUCGCAAAGAUCACAGGAUAUCUUAAGCAACGAUGUAUUGCAUGGAUUUCAGGAGUUUCGUUCGUAUAAUGGAAUUGACGACGUUUUAGCCACGGAGAGUUUGCGGUACUCAGUGGAAGGAAUUGGCAAAAUCACAGGUGAAGCUGUUGGAAUUGAGGAGAUAUUAGGAGUGGUUUUCUCUAGUUUCUGUAUAGGUAAAUAG